AUGCAAAAACGAAAUAUUUGUCUAGAAAAAGAAAAAAAUCCAAAUAUUAAAAAUAUAAAUUUGGCUGAUUGUUAUAAUAUUAGAAAAUCAACUAUAACUGAUAUUCUAAAAGAAAAAAGAGUGAUAGUUAACUAUUACGAUCAUCUUGCUGCUUAUGAAUAUAUUCAUAUUGAAGAUGGCAAACUUGAGAGUGGACUUACCGAUAAUAAAAUUCUAGAGGUGAUCGAAAAUAAAAAUAAGGAAGAGGAAGAGAAUCAUAGUGAACCUGUUGAACAACUUGAAAAGGUUAGCUCUAGGGAGACAGAAAUAAGUCUAAAGAAAAUAUUAAGAUUUUUAUACGAACAAGAGCCAGAGUUUGGAGAAGUCAAAGGAGAAAUAAGAAUUUUGAAUAAGCUGCAUAAAUGG